AUGGUCCAGCUUUGCCGGCAGCAUCUUCUCGUGGGCCUUCCUGUGGUGCUUGGCGUUUGCCUGCACCUGAGCUUGGCUGCCCGCGCCGCUUCCUGGGAGGAUGAGCCGCAGCAGGGCCGACCAAAGUCUGACAGCGACAGGGAGACCUGGGGCGACUUCUUCGGUGAUCUGAACGAUCUCCUGCGGACUCUGGAUCUGGUCUGGUUCUUGGUGGCCGCCACGAUCGCCCUCGCUCUCGCAUGCUGGCAGCCUUCACAGAUUGUUGGUGACACCUCGCAAGUCGGAUCUGAUGGUGUCAAGUGGACGCCACCGCCGUGGUACACCUUGACCACGAUCUUCGCAUCGCUCUCCAGCCACGCAGCCGGCAUCCUCGGCUUCGUGGGCUUCCAGAAGAUCGUGGUGGCCAGGAUCGUGUCCACAAGCCAGCCGAGGGCCAACUGGUCGGCACCUAAUUUCCUCCUCCUCACCAGCAUCCUCAUCUCCAUCACGGCCAUCUUUUCAAGCCUCGUGUUCAUGGGCGUGGACUACUUGCGCCGCCUGGCGAUCGACAGUGCGCGGAGCCGGGGAUACCGUCUGGUUGUCACGCACGGCAAGCUGGAGCGCACAGGGCUCGGGAUGGCGCUGAUCAUGCUGACCUUUGUGCUGAUCGCACUGUACAUGCUCGUCAUCUACACGGAGAGACAGAAUUCGAAGAAACAGGAGGAAUCUCCAGAUUCGGCUGUCAACGACUCUCGUGACAUGAAGGUCUUCUUGGACAAGGCCUGCAGCUGUGCCACGGUCCUCCUUUACUUCUUCAAUCUUCGGAGCUUGUGCGAAUCACCCAAGGUGCAGUUCCACCAGACUGUCGCAAGUGCAGGGGAGCCUCUGGAGCAAAUCAGCAUCAAGGACUACUUGACGAAGUUCUGCAUCCGCCGUGAUGAAAGGUCGAACGUCCGGAGUUGUCUGGCCUGUCUUGCGCACUGCUUGGCCGGGGAGGACAUCGGCAUCUUGGUCAAGAUGGGCACGCGGCGUGCUUUAUUCCCGAAUCAGCGCUUCGCGCCGCUGCUGAACAUCGUCGGUAUUGUGAUGCUCUUUGGCCUGCUGCCUGGCAUUUUUCAGAUUGCUACCGAACGGCUCUUCGUCGACCCACAGAUUCUGGAAGUGAGGGCGAUCUCGGCGGACUUGUUGCCUGCUUUCGAUGCCGAAAGUGGUCGCGGCAAGUAUGUGUUGCUGUUGGGCAAGGAGCCUCGUCUCCACGUGAAGACCAGGGCCGCGCAAACCUCGAGUAUCGAGAUCUGUUGCGAGACGGGUCCAGACACCUCAAAGAACUGCACGGCUCACCCCCUUCAGCACUCACUGAUCCAAUUCGACGAGAAGCCUGCCAUCCUCAAGAUUCCGGUCGUGGCAUCCACAAGGUGCAGUCUGACCGCUCGAGGCUUGAGCAAGAAGUCAUCUACAACCUUAGACUUGAUGGUGGAGGUCAAGACGAUCAAGCACGUGUGUGGCUGUCACAAAAACAGAUGCAGCUGCUGUGAUGGUUAUGAGGGCGAACUCGAUGCUGGAGCAGAGGACGCACACACCAUGUUGGCGAAAGACUUCUGCACUCCGGUGCCUUGUGCCGUUAAGAAUUCGAACCGGGAGCCAGGUCCGCUGUGCAACUGCAGCAAUGGCUAUGUUGGGGACAUUGUCUGGGAGGGUGCCAAUGUCAGUGGCACUUGUACUCCUGCUCCAUGCUCUAUUGAAGACUCAAACAGGAAGCCCGGGCUCCAGUGCCAGUGUAAGAAUGGAUUCGAAGGUGAGAUUCAGUGGGACCAAUCAAUUGCAUCUGGUGAAUGUCUGCUUGCCCACUGUGGCAUUCCGAACUCCAUUGGCAAGGGACCGGAUUGCAAGUGCAUGGACGGCUACGACGGCAACAUAACCUGGAACCGUUCACAUCCUCAUGGGGCAUGUGAACCGGCGGCAGGCUGUGGAGAGAGUAUUGCAAACAGUGAGGGCAAGGGAAACCAAUGCAAGUGCAAACGUGGCUUCACAGGUAACAUUCGAUGGCACGGCUCGGUGCCUCAAGGAAGCUGUCAAGCAGCAGUGUGCCGCAUACAGAACUCCAACCAGCAACCUGGCCUGGACUGCAAAUGUAGGGAUGGCUAUCUGGGUGACAUAGUGUGGCAAGGAGACCGUGUCAGCGGCACUUGUACACCGGCGCCCUGCGUGAUCAAGAACUCCAACCGACUGCCCGGCCAAGAGUGCGCCUGCCUGGAUGGGUUUGCAGGCGAGAUCACUUGGAAAGGCAGAAAUCCACGGGGACGGUGUGAACGCGCAUCAUGUGCAAACGUUGCCAAUACAACAGGUAGCGGCCCAACCUGCAGGUGCAGCAAUGGUUAUGACGGGACUGUGACUUGGUUGGGUGCCAAUGCUUCGGGCAGCUGCAAGCCCGCAGCCUGUACAAUUCCAAACUCAAACAUGCAGGACGGGCCCGCAUGCAAGUGCCUCGAGGGGUUCGAGGGUUCCAUUACGUGGUGGGAGAAAAAUGCAUAUGGCAGCUGCCAGCCGCUGGCGUGCACUGGGUCUCAUUCGACUGGCAAAGAGGGCUCUAGUUGUGGUUGUACGGAUGGGUUCUUCAUGAAUGGAUCCAAGGAGGUGCUCAUUGGCCAAUCGCAUCAACCCACCUACGGCUACGCCAGGCCGCGAAAAGCUGUUGAAGUCAAAUGUCUACCUGCUGCAUGCACCAUAGAGCAUUCAAACGGGAAGCCAGGCCAAGACUGCGCUUGCCUGGAUGCGUAUCUGGGGCACAUCUCAUGGGAAGGUCCAGUUCCGAGUGGUCAUUGUAGGCCAUCCCCUUGCGGUCCACAUCGGGUUCCAAACUCUAAUGGCAAGCCAGGGUUGGAGUGCAAGUGUUCAGACGGUUUCUCUGGCCAGAUCACAUGGAGAAGUGGAUACGAAUCCGGCAGCUGCGUGCCGGCUUCGUGCAACAUACCCAACUCCAAUCGCAAGCCGGGGCAGGCAUGCGAGUGUGAGGACGGUUUUAUUGGAGAGAUUGUGUGGAGAGAAGACGUGCCCAGUGGGAGCUGCAAGCCCGCACCCUGCAAUAUUCGGAACUCCAACCUCAAGCCUGGACCAGACUGUCGGUGCAAGGACGGUUUCCAAGGAGACAUCACCUGGCAUGGUCCAUUAGCCGCUGGUGCGUGUGAGCCCGUGCCUUGCCGUGUUCUCCACUCUGACCAUGCGCCGGGUCCGGCAUGUCGGUGCUUGCACGGCUUCUUUGGCAGCAUUGUAUGGAGUGGCGUUGCAACGUCUGGAGGGUGUGAGCCCCGGCCGCUGUGUGGGUCUGAAGAGGAGGCGGCUUUGCAUGUGACCCGACUGACCGCAGGCCUUGUAGAUGGCAACAACAACACCUGCACAGCCGGCCAAGCCAUGCUGGUCCAUGGCCAUGCAGUACCGGUACACAGUAGUUUCACCAAGUUUGUACUCAGAUGGACUUCCGCACAUGCGCUGCCACCUGCCAAGUGCAAGGUGGAUUGGCCUGAAGCGCGACAUGCAGUACCAUUCAACAAUCCUGACCCAAAGCACUUCAGCCUGACAAGUUGGUGCGCAACGACACCUGGGCUACCACUCUGCUCUUCGCAGAUCAUCUACACCGUGACCACUCGCGGUGCGUCUCAUUAUGCCUGUGAUGCUUGCAAAACGUCAGAGCAUGUCCUGACCGAAUUUAGAGGCAGCCGCUGCGGAUAUGACCUCAUCAAAUGGGAGUCCCUGACCAUUUCGCCUGGAUCGCCCGAUGCCUGCACAUGCAAUCUGUCUUUGAGCUGCAGUAAAGUACCGUCGGAAGAGCUUCCGAGAGCUUGCAUUCAUUUCGCGGAGCCUGCGGUUCUGAGCUAUAGCAAGCGCGACGAGGAUGAUGAGGAGAAAGAUUCCGAUGCCUUCCUUAUCUUUUACGAGACCGGAGAGCAGUUGUUUUCUAGUGCGGACUUUGAGAUGGCUGAUGCUUUCGCUGCUGCAUCGGCGGAUCACACGUGGCUCUCUGAUGGGAAGAACCUUCACAUAACAAAUCCAGAAAGAUCCGAUGUCUGGCUUGGUCGCGCGGGCGGCUCGCGGUUCUUCCACCACGAUGGAGCCUUGCGAGCCCGCGGGGUUCUUCCAGAGUGGUGGAACGUCAAGUUCAAGCAAGACGCGGCUCUGCCUGGCAGCUUCAACGCCGACACAUUGCUGGGCUGCGAGAUCUCUAUCCAGUCGGACAACUUCUGCUACAGCACCCGGUUCGGAGAGAGUGUCCAGGUUGCUCCCACACAAGAAGAAGACUGUGCUUUUGAGGAUGUCACUGUCGCAGGCAACCGCAUCGCUUACGAAUACAAGUCCUCAGCCUUUGGGGUCCAGACUUACAGAUCUAGUGUGACCUGCUACCCCACAGCAGCCUUCGAAGAGAUUCUGGUGCAGGUGGUGGACGUCGGCAUGCCCGCGGGCCACGUCGAGGCUGAGCUUGGUGACUCGCGGUGCCGAAGAACGAUACACUACAGGCUGGAUGCUUGGUCAUAUCUGUCUGAGUGCCACGCUCGCUGA